AUGGUUAAUCAAUUGCGGAAACCAACGGAUUAUGGAAAGGACAAAUGUGAUCUGGGGAAUAUCGGGAAGAUAUGUGUUUUGUUCAUGGUUGUUAUUUGGAUUUUCGGGGGACUGGUGGUCGAUUUUGGAGAUUUUCGGAAUCAAUUUCAGGAGAGACAAGCUCAAAUCAAAUUCAAAGAUUGGAGAUCAGCAGAUCUGGGAAAGGAGCAAAAGAUCUCGAGUGGAUCUCUGGGAUACUGGUAUGCGAUUGGGAAUGACGAAGUUCCAAGAAAACUCAAUCGGGUUCGGGAAUUACGGAGUCAUGGAGGCGAGAUUGGCGAGAUGAGAUUUCUGGUGUUCAUAAUUUCGGUUUCGAUUAUAGAAGCAAGGGAUCACAGUAUUAAAGAUGAAUGGAUCAUAAUCAAGGAUUCUUUAAAUGGGAUUACUGAAAUGGAAGAGUAUUCUAUAAAGGAAGGCGUUGAGAGUUUUAUGAGUUCAUACUUGACACUAGCUAAAUCUAUCCAAUUCUCACGGAAAAUUCUUAAAUCUGAUCUAUCAGGCUCAAGGAUGUCUCAGGCGCACCAAAUGAUCAAUGGAGGUUCAAGCAAGAGGAAAGAUACGCUGGCGCCACGGCUAAGGAUUACGAAGGUUGAAGAGCGGGUGGCGGGAGCAGACUUGGGUAUGGGGAGGUUUCAGUUUGAUUUUGACACUGAGGAAGACAUCCAGGCGGUCCUUGCAAUGGAGCCUCUACAUUUUGAUGGAUGGAUGGUACCUCUUGUUCGAUGGGAGCCUAUAAUGGAUAGCAAUUAUCCAUCGGAGAUUACUUUUUGGGUCCGCAUGAUGGGAGUCCCCCUCCAUUUCUGGGCGGAGCCUACAUUUCGCAGCAUAGGGCAAGCUAUUGGGACAGUGAAACAAGUGGACUUGGAUGGAGGAAGAGCACAAAUCAUCAUCGAUGGGUUCAGACCAAUCGUAUUUGAAACAACCGUGGAGUUCCACAGCGGGGAAGAGACAACCGUAAUUCUUCGUUAUGAGCGGUUGUAUGGCUACUGUCGGGAAUGCUUCAGCCUAUGCCAUGAGUCCAGUAGAUGCCCCACAUUAUUACCAAAGAGGGAAAGAAGAGAUGAGAUGCGGUUCACAGAGGAAAAACCUGAUGGGGGCGCAAAAAGUUACAAAGGAGCUCUCGUGGGUCAUGGUGCAAGCGUGAAGGAGGGGACCGAGAAUACGAAUGUGGGAAGCGACAAAGAUAGCCCUCCACAACAACAUUCCGCUAUGAAGGUUAGAAAGGGAUUGUUGUUUGAGGAGAAUUCUAUGAGUAUGGAAGAUUUAGUUACAAGGAGGAAUCAGGUUCCCGCAGUGGGAUGUGAGAAAGAAGCAACAACAGCACCGAGGGAAGAGACCCAAGCAGUGGAGGGAGGAGGCGGAGGGGAAGUUCAGAUCAAUGAUGAUGAUUUGGAGCAGGAUGGGUUAUGCAUGGUACUACACCGAAGAAGAAGGGGGUCGUAA